AUGGGCGCCAGCAUGUCAUGGCUGUCAGGCAUGCUCUUCUCGAAGAAGGAGAUCAGAAUAUUGAUCCUGGGCUUGGAUAACGCUGGCAAAACGACACUGCUGUACAGACUGAAGCCGUCAUCUUCGUCUUUCGACUCGACCGAUAUCGAGCGUCUGCAGACCGCCGCCGACGAACUGGGCGCCAUGCUUAACGAGGAUGAGCUCAAGGACGCGGCGCUGCUCGUCUUCGCCAACAAACAGGACCAGCCAGGAGCCAAGGGAGCGGGGGACAUUUCCGAGGCGCUGCGCCUCGGCGAGCUGCGCGACCGCAACUGGACCAUCAUGGCGUGCUCUGCCGUUGACGGCAGCGGUGUCAACGAAGGCAUGGAUUGGCUUGUGCAAACCGUCAACCAGGAAGCCUAA